AUGGAGGUCCAAGUCCCCCCAGCUGCCCCGCCGUGUUGGAGCAGUGUCCUCAAAAAGCAACCCGAACGGCGAGAACAGCAGCCGCAGCCACUGCAUCAACCCCUUCCCUCCGCCCAAAGCGGCGGAGUACUGGUGGGGAGCUGCAAAUCGUCCAAAGGAAUUGCGGUGGCGGUGGUUGACGCCAACGCCAUAAUCCAGGGCGGCGAGAGGCUAUUCCAUUCCGCGGACCGAUUCGUCUCCGUCGCCGAGGUCAUCAGCGAAAUUCGCGACCCUGCUUCCCGCCAUUCCCUCAGCGUUCUGCCGUUCGCAGUUGAUACUCUCGAGCCUUCCCCUGAUGCUCUGAAGAAAGUGAUCAACUUUGCAAAGGCUACUGGUGACUUGCAAACACUUUCAGAUGUGGAUCUCAAGCUAAUUGCUUUGACUUAUACGUUAGAAGCCCAAAUUCACGGGACUCAACAUCUCAGGGACAGCCCCCCUCCUAUUCAUACAGUUAAUGUCAAAAGGCUUCCUGAAAAAGACUUGCCUGGAUGGGGUUCUAAUGUCCCAAAUCUCGAAGAAUGGGAAGCCCUAGAGCAUGCUGUUGAAAACGAAUCAAAUAUCAAUUCUAGGAUUUUACCCCUAAAAAAUUUGACACUUGGUACGGAUUCCAUUGAUGAACCUUCCCCAGAAGAUGGUUCUGUUCAAGAUGGCAGUGAGUCGCACGAUGGGAAUGUUGAUAAGCUUGAUGAUGGUUUCAGGAAACCCAAGAGAUACUCCCCAAAGAAGAGAGAGGUAAAAAUCGAGGGGAAAAAGAUGGUGGCCGAUGGUGUUGAUGCAUCACUAGGUCAAAUUGAUGACAACAAUGAUGACUGGCGACCUGCCGUGAGUCGAAGUACUCACAGAAGGUUUCUUAGAAGGAAAGCUAGACGUGAAAUGAGUGAAGCCUUAUCUGCUUCAGAUGAUCAGCAAAACACGCCCUGUAAUGUGGAAAAUGAAAAUCUCGGUGAUGCUCAGUGUCCAGAGCUUCUAGUAGAUGAAAGUUACGAAGAAAGGACAAAUGCCAUAGUUCAGGAUAACAUGAUUGGCAAUAAGAAGAAUGGAGAGAUUAAUAUCUCUGAGAGUCUGAAGACAAUGAAACUGGAUGAAGAGCAUUUGGAGUCCUCUGAAUUUGAUGCUCCCAAGGAAACUGAUUCAACAGGCAACGUAGAGGGAGACUAUGUUGAAAUCACUGAACAAGAGCUGGGGAACUUAGAAAUGACUGGCCCAUUAGAAGAAAAUGAGUUGAAUGUGGAUGAUAUGAGUAGUGAACAGAGCUGGUCGCUUAGAUCUUUGUCCGAGUCCAGUGUGGCUUGUGUGACUACUGACUUUGCGAUGCAAAAUGUGCUGCUUCAGAUUGGUUUACGACUCCUGGCUCCUGGUGGGAUGCAGAUUCGUGAGCUCCACAGGUGGGUGCUGAAGUGCCAUGCUUGCUUUAAGGUGACUACAGAGAGUGGUAGAAUUUUCUGCCCCUCUUGUGGGAAUGGGGGCACCCUACGUAAAGUUGCUGUUACAGUUAAUGAGAAUGGUAUUAUGUUGGCUGCACGGAGGCCUCGUGUAUCCUUGCGCGGGACAAAGUUCUCUUUACCUUUGCCACAAGGUGGUAGAGAUGCAGUUACUAAGAACCCGAUUUUACGUGAAGAUCAGCUUCCACAGAAAUAUCUCUAUCCCAAGACAAAAAAGAAAAAUAAGCAGGAUGAUGACUUCUUUGUACCAGAUGACAUUUUCCGUCACCACAAUGAUAAAAAAGCUCCUUUCCAGCCUCCCGUUCGGAAAGCACUCGCUGUUUUCAGUGGCAAGAGGAACCCUAACGACAAUCACUUUGCGCCUCCAAAGCGUUAA